AUGAUAAUUUGUGAGAAGCUAUCAAACUUGACAAAAAUUUUUCGACAACAUCCGUCAUCCUCCCGCACGAACGCCGCCUUUACCUCCCAGCCUCCUCCUACUCCACCACCAGCAGGUCCAGCACUUCUCCACCACCUGCACUUCACCACUUCUCCACCACCAGCUUCAUCCUGCAAUUCACCACUUCUCCACCACCUGCACUGGAAGCCCAACUCUCCACCACCAGCUUUAUCCCACCACCGCCCAACUCCCCCACCGUCCCAAUUCCUGCCGCAUCAAUCCAGGUGCUCCACCAAUUCCUCCACCAUCAAUCCCACCACCGUCCAACUCCCCCACUGUCCCAAUUCCUCACGCAGCAAUCCAGUUUCUCCACCAAUUCCGCCACCAUCAAUUGAACCUUCGACCAACUUCCCAACCGUCCCUAAUUCCUCCCGCAUUAAUUCAGUUCCACAAAUUCCUCCACCAUCAAUCCCACCUCCGACCAACUCCCCAACAGUCUCUUCGCCCACCGUCCCUUCGUCCCAUUCUGGGUCUCACCAUCAAAGCGUCGAACUCUGGGUCUCCACCAUCCCCCCUUCGCCACCCAUACCUGGGCAUUAUUCACCUCGCCCUCGCCCUCGCCCUCACCGUGGUGGAAGACCCAAACGCCUUCCAGAUUGCUCUCUGCCUCCACCACCGGGCACAAAUGAGUGUGUGGCAAAAGAGAGAGAAGAGAAAAAAGUACCUAUAAAAACUAGUCAAGAGCAAGAUGACGUAUCCCUUUUCUAUUCUGAUCUCAUGCCACUCCUUGUAAGCACAUCUGACAUCUGUUUUUUGGGUAUUACUAGGAAAGAUGGCUUGAACAUAGUCAUGGUGUGA